CCACAUUAAAUUUCCUUAAGGCCGACGACUCGACUCCUGCUUCAGAGCGGAGGGAGAAGAGGCUGUGAUCGGUGACUAGUCGAUCAAUCGGGGUCAAGAUGAAGAAGGAAGACACUGUGAAGCUGAUCAGCGCCGAGGGCUUUGAAUUUGUCAUCGACAAGAAGGCUGCCAUGGUUUCGCAGACCAUCCGGAAUAUGCUCACCUCUCCAGGAAGUUUUGCGGAGACGGAACACGGGGAGGUGACAUUUCCGGAGAUAAGUACCACCAUUCUGGAGAAGAUUUGCCAGUACUUUUACUGGUCUCUUCAAUAUGCAAGUGGCAAGGAAACCGAGUUCCAUAUUGAACCAGAGCUGACAUUGGAGCUUCUGAUGGCAGCCAAUUACCUGCACACCUGAAUUGCAGAUGGUUUGUGAAGGUGAAUGAGAAUGAGAUGUUGCUCAAAUGUGUGGAAAGGAAUGAACGAAUGCAGGUAAUUGUGGUGACAUUUUAAAUUUGAAGUUUUUCUCUCAGUAGUGAUGUUCUAAUGGCCAAAAAGGGUUUUGCUCUUUUCUGUGCUGAAACUUUGGGAAUUAUAUUUAUGUAUAAUAAUAAGUAUAAAGUGGGUAUUAUUUUAUUUUA